UCUAGAGAGCUGUGGAUGAUAGCCAGCCGCGACCGCUCGCUUGCAGACUGUUCGGAGGAGUUUCCUGCUUGUCGGUGAUUCGCAGUGCAUCUUGGAAGUGCAUGCCGUUCGCUAUCGUCACACACAUCGAGUGCUUUGCCGGCAUUAGAAGUAUGAAGUUGGUGCAGCAGUCCAAGUCCCGCCGUCUCUCCUUCCUCCUCUUCUCCCUCUGUCUGAGUGGCUCUGUGCACAUAGCAGCUGGCUCCGACAGCAGUACUGCAAUGGGGUCUUCCAUAAGAAGUGUAGAAGACGCGGUCUACCUCAACGUGCAGCGGACGGACUAUUACAUCGCUCCUUCGCAGUUGAAGCUAGAGUGUGACAGUGCCUCGGGGGGCGACGUUUCUUUCUGGAGAGAGCAGAACGGACUCACUGAGGAAAUUACAGUAGCUGGAUCAAACCCAUCGUCAGAGCGGGAGAUAACAUUCUCCAUUACUCCGGAGAUGGAGGGAUCGUAUUACUGCAUGGGAGAUGGCGUCCGGUCCGAACCUCGCUCCGUGGAGAUUGUUGCCUACCCUCUCCAAAACCACACCGUCAAAUCGAUAAAGACCCUCAGAACUCGUCUCCACGGCGACAUAACACUCCCCUGUGUCUUCACGCCCGGUGCUCUAUCUCAUCGCUACUCCAUCCAGUGGUAUAUGGGACUUAUACCACUGGAUGCUGAGAACAAUACCAGAUAUAUGGUGUCACCCGAGGAUUUCUCUCUCACUAUCAUGGAUGCUAACGCUCUCGAUGCCAGUGACGCUUACUACUGUGUCGUGGACGUUGUGAAUCUGCUGCCGAGGUUUAACAGUUACCACAGCAUCGGACCCAGCAUUAGCCUCGUCGUUACAGGGUCACUCACUGCCCUCUCCUCACUCUGCUGGUUCUUUCCCUCUUCUUACACACAGACAUACUCCCCACCGUCCUCCACCACUAUGGACAAGAGAGGAGCCACGGUGACCAGAGAGCUGUUUGUAACGGAACUCGGUGAAGACGACAGCGGUCUGGUGGAGUGUCUGGUCCUGCAGGACGACGACGAGGAAGAUGGUCUGGUCAUAAUGAGCAGCUCUGCCAGCCUCUCCGUCCUCCCAAGUUCCUUCACUCCUCACCUCCUCCCUACCAGCACCGGUGUGGAGCUCUCCCUCACUCUCCCCACCCUCUUCCCCUCCUCCUUCUCCCUCGCCAUCCUUUACUACGACAACUCUGGGACUGUGGUGGGGAAGUCCCUACUCGUUAGCCCCAUGUUUGCAAACACUCGCUCGGUCGAUUACGUCAUCACUCCGGACCAGUUGCCGCCGGUGACGGAGUUUUCGGCAAGAGUGACAGUCAUAGUGGGAGAAGUGGAAGGAGACCUGUCGGAGAUGUCUAAUCUCAUCACUGUCCAAGAGCUUUCUUCAUCCUCCGUAUCGUCCUCGGCUAGCAACUGUAACUGUGACAACGCGACAGGCGACGAGUCAACGACACAGACCGUUCUCAUCUUCUUUGUCGUUCUCCUCAUCCUGUUGCUAAGCGUUGCCGUGUGUGUGGCCAUUUGGGGCGUGGUCAUGAUGAUCAAGAAACUGAGAAGAGCUGGCAGCAAGGACUCCAUCAGUGAACGGUCAUACAGUCCGAGUCGCUCCAGCUACCGGUCCAGAAGUCGUUCGGGUGGGAGCUCCCGGUCCAGAUCCCGUUCCCCGGGGUCUCGCCGCCAUUCCAAAUCCCCCAGCUUCAGACACAGCCACAAGUCUGAGUCUGGGAGCUGCCUCCACUCCACUGGAGAUCUGGGACCCCUCGAUUACAAGUCAGGGGGCGUGGCCGACGGCAAGCAACAAGGGGGUGUGGCCGGAGGUCGGGAAGACCCAGAGGGUAGCAUUGCUACCGAUGAGUACCUGAAGUUGACAAGUGCUCCUCCGGUUGAUGUCAGGAGCAGAACUGGCUCAGCCGCUUCUUGUCAGACAAACAAUGUAGCCUCGCGACCUUUGCCCUCUGCACCCUACGAGCAACACAGUCACCAGAAGAAAGCUCAAGACGAGAAUGAAUAUGAAGAACUGCAGCUUAAAAUUCCUGGAAAGAAGAGAAGGAGGAGGGUAGAGUUGAAUAAGGAAGAGGGAGAGGGAGAGAAGGUGGGAAAUGGAGAGGGUAAGGGAGAGGAGGAGAGGGAGGAGAUGAAGGAAGAAGGGGAGGGGAUGGAGGAGGAGAGAAAGGGUCCUCGGUUUGAGGAGGAAGGGGAGUGGCUUGUCGUCCGUGGAAUAUACAGCAACAAAGCUGAACUGGAGGAAACAACUGAAUCAGUCAUAAACUCUGCGUCCUACGGAGCCCUCAGUCCGUGCGGCGGGGCUCAGUUGGUAGUACUAGCCGUAGUAGUGUUGUUGUUUUUGCCGUCGGCCGUGCGUGAGACUGCAGCCGCGGAGCUCUACCCGUUCCAGAGCCACCGGCGGCUCGAGCGGGGAGAUAAUGAGACGGCAACCGUGCGCCUGGAGACACCGCUCGUUUUUCUGCAGCAGAACUACAGCGGAAUCACUAUCCACAGUGAUGGCUACAUCUCUCUCCAAACUGAGGCAGACCUAUCAUCCUCUUCCUCCUCCUCCUCUUCUUCUUCCUCGUCUGGCGGCUCACUGACCCAAGACUCCACCUCCUCUGGCUCCUCCUCCACAUCAGAGUUUCCUCUGGGGUCGGGCUCCGGAGUAACUGGCUCCGGAGUAACUGGCACCGGAGUAACGGGGGACGACUCCAAGGGAAAUCUGACAACGCUGUUCUCGGCGGCUGAUCCUCUGAUUGGAGUAUUUCUGACUGACGUUGACACCAGUGGGGCAGGAGAUAUCUAUUAUAGACUACUAACCAAUGACACAGAUCUAUUCUCAGACAUCUCUCAGUCAAUUCAGAGCUAUUUCACAGACCCAUUCUCACCAACACAAGCUCUGCUGGUCACCUGGGAUGCAGUGGGCUACUAUGACAACAGAACUGAUAAGGCCAAUACCUUUCAGACCGUUCUAGCCAGUGACGGCUCGGCCUCCUACUGUUUCUUCCUCUAUGACACGCUGCAGUGGACUAACACUGACACUGACAAUAUCACUGCAACCGAACUACUACCACAGGUGGGAUUUGCAGAUGGUAAUACCAGUUACUCAGUCCUGCCUGGCACCUCAGCCAGUACCGGCUCCAACACCAGCUAUUACUACCUUGACUCUGACAACUCUGCCUACAACCUGUCGUCAGAGGCAGCCACCACGGAGGAACGUGCUCUUGCACUGGAGAGGCUGAGUAAUGUGGCUGAGCCCGGACUGUGGGUGUUUAGGGUUGACACUGCUACAAUCCUGUCUGGGGAUGUGGAUGAGUGUGGGCUGGAGCGAGUGGAGGUGUGUGGUGUGAACGCACAGUGCUCCAAUGAGGUCGGAGGGUUUGACUGUUCCUGCGACAACGGUUUCUCUGGCGACGGUUUCAGCUGUGAAUGUUCAGAUGGUGAUAUACGGCUAAUGGGAGGGGCCAGCUCGUUGGAAGGGAGGGUCGAGAUGUGUGGGAAUGACUCCUACAGCACUGUGUGUGACGACUUCUGGGACGAACUGGAGGCCCAGAUUGUCUGUCGGCAGCUGGGCUACACUGGCAGUAACGUGGUGGCAGUGAAAGGAGGUGUGUUCCCAACUCCAUCGACCAACACAGCCAUCCUACAGCGGGACCUCACGUGUACCGGUAGAGAGACAACUAUCCUGGACUGUCCCACAUUCGACGGUGGAUCCCGGGACUGCCCCACUGACCAUUCUGAGGAUGCUGGGGUCAGGUGUAACGCUGUGUGUGAGAACGGCUCAGUCAGACUAUCACUAGACCAAAGAGACCCACUCACCAGUGAACUCGUGGAUGAUGAAAUAGCCCGAGGAAGAGUGGAGGUCUGCAGUGGAGGCAGUUUCCAGACACUCUGUGUGGAAUUGUGGAGCUACGAGGAUGCCUCUGUCGUCUGCUCUCAGCUGGGAUUCUCUCCUCACGGGUCAGUGAACCUGACGGCGACUCAGCUGGCUCUACUGACGCCGUCUCCAAACAUCACCUCUCUCAACUGCACUGGAAUGGAAGACUCCCUGGCCAGAUGUACAAUCUCCACCAGUGGUUCAUGCGCUGAUGCUAGCAAUGCUGCCGCCAUUCGCUGUCUAGGGGCAGACGAUGUGGAAGGUGAUUGUAACCAUGGAGACCUGAGACUUGGUUCUAAUAGCACCGACGCGACGGCACUCUCCAGUGAAGGAAGACUGGAGAUAUGUAUCAAUGGUGGCUGGGGUACCAUCUGUGAUAACAGAUUCAGCAUCAGUGAUGCCCAAGUGGCCUGCUCACAACUUGGCUAUGAUGACACAGGAUCCAGGGCCUUUCCGAGAGCGGAAUUUGGUGAAGGAAGUGGCGCGGUGUAUCUGGAGGGUGUGGCAUGUGAAGGAGACGAGGGUCUUCUCCUGGACUGUGGGUCUAGUGAGGAUCUGGGGCUGUCAGAGUGUGGUCACAAUGAGGAUGUCGGCGUCAGGUGCUAUGACUCGGACCAGUGUGAGACAGACAACGGAGGAUGUGAUCACAACUGCACAGACCUAAUUCCCGGCUACCAGUGCUCCUGUGUCUCUGGCUAUACUCUGGACAGUGAUGAACACACCUGCAACGACGUUGAUGAGUGUGCCACAGCAAAUGGAGGAUGCCAACACAACUGUACCAACACCGAAGGCAGUUUCUACUGCACUUGUCUCGAAGGAUACGACCUCAUCAGCUCCUCUCUCUGCACCCCCUGUACAGAUGGUAGUGUUCGUCUGGUGGGUGGCUCCAGUUCGGAGGAGGGGAGAGUGGAGGUGUGCUAUGGCGUCACGUAUGGUACAGUCUGUGAUGACUACUGGGAUGAACUGGAGGCAAGAGUCGUCUGCAAACAGCUGGGAUUCACCUCCGACAAUGCUGUCCCGGUUCGUAAUGCUGGGUUCGGGGAGGGUAAUGGGUCCAUUCUACUGGACAAUCUGAGGUGCUCCGGAGACGAGGAAUCACUCCUGGACUGUCUCGCGGACGAUGAUGUCAUCGGGUCACAUGACUGUAACCAUGACGAGGACGCUGGAGUCAGAUGUGAUGCCACCUGUGAAGAAGGCAGUGUGAGACUGAUAGUAGGCAGUGAUGCAGAGGAGUUCUACCAACACCAGUACACUCAGGACUACGAUGAGACCUAUUACGACAAGGGAGGAUUGGCCAGGGGCCGAGUGGAGGUGUGUGUUGGAGGAGGAGCGAUAAACGUGAGUGGGGCGGAUGAGUUCUUCAACGAAGGUCUGGGUCCCGCUCUCGUGACCUCUGUGAACUGUACUGGAACGGAGACAGAGAUCCUGGAAUGCAUUCAUGUGCCCAGUUCUCAGGGACUCCACUGUGGCACUGCCGGUGUCGUCUGCCAAGUUGAAGUGGGCGUGGCAGAGUGCUCCUCUGGUGAAGUGAGACUGGUGGGUGAGGUGGACAGUGGGCGACUGGAGAUUUGUCUCAACAGUGCCUGGGGAACCAUCUGCAGUGAGCAGUUCGACACCAGCGACGCUUCAGUCGCAUGCGAAGCUCUGGAAGGAUUCAGUGGAACUGGCGCGGUGGUAUUGACGAUGGGAUUCGAGACAGGCUCUGGUCCAAUAUUCCUGGACCAGCUGAUGUGUUCGGGGACUGAGGAGUCACUACUAGAGUGUAGCAUGGGACGUGCUGUCGGACUGCAUCAGUGUAACCACUCCAUGGAUGUCGGUCUCACCUGCUCAGAUAUUGACGAGUGCAGUGAAGGACAAGAUAACUGCUCCGCGUUCAGUGAUUGUACCAACACAGUUGGUAGCUAUCAGUGUGAGUGUUUCACCGGUUACUUGGACGAGGGCAGUGGAUUCAUCUGCACUGAAAUUGAUGAGUGCGAGAGUUCUCCGUGUGACGUUAAUGCCAGCUGCACCAAUACUCCUGGCAGCUACAGCUGCUCCUGUAAUGAUGGCUACUCUGGCAAUGGAACCACUUGCAAUAAUGGAGCUAGCUGCAGUGACAUCAACGAGUGUCUCGCCGAGCCGUGUGACGAGAACGCAACUUGUACCAACACCAACGGAAGUUACACCUGUCAGUGUGACAGUGGGUUCGAAGGAGAUGGAACCAUUUGCACACAUGAGACCUGUUUUGUUGCCCUGGGUCGUGUCUAUGAGUGUGGUAGUAAUGUGAUGAGUGAGACGGUAUGUGAGGACAUGGGAUGUUGCUUCAACUCCUCUGCCACCAUUCACUGCUACUAUCCCUCAGAUGUGGAUGAAUGCAUCGAGAAUCUUGAUAAUUGCCAUGGCGAUGCGGAUUGUACCGAUACUGAUGAUGGUUUCAACUGUACCUGUGUUUCUGGCUACUCUGGCAAUGGAACUUACUGCGAAGAUGUUGAUGAGUGUAUGUCGGAGCUGGAUAAUUGUGACAAGGAUGCUGAGUGUACAAACACCAUUGGAAACUUCACCUGCGCCUGUAACACUGGUUUCACUGGAGACGGAUACUCAUGCACCUGUGUGGAUGGGAGUGUUCUCCUCUACAAUGGAUCAGAAGUGUCCUCUACUGAGUUCUACCAGGGAACUGUGCUGGUCUGCUCCAGUGGACGCUAUGGCUCUGUCUGUGAUGACUUCUGGGACCAACUAGAGGCCCAGGUCGUCUGCCGACGACUGGGAAUGACCUCCUCCGGCAGCUCUGUACCAGUCCGCAAUGCUACGUUUGGAGAGGCAACCGGCUACCCCAUUCUCCUGGACCAGCUGGUGUGUACAGGCAGCGAGACAUCUCUCUUGAACUGUUCAACCACCAACACGAUUGGCUCGCACAACUGCGACCACAGUGAAGAUGCCGGUGUCAUAUGUGAAGCUUCUUGUACUAAUGGAAGUGUGAGGCUAACACUCGACGGAGAUAUAGAGGACUCUGUGUAUCUUAUCGAGGACAGCAUUGACGAGUUUUAUUUCGUCAAGGAUGAGUUGGCCAGGGGACGAGUGGAGGUGUGUGUUGGAGGGAGGUAUGGGACAGUGUGUGAUGACUACUGGGACUAUGAAGAUGCCUCUGUCGUCUGCUACCAACUGGGAUUCUCUCCUCAUGGAGCCAUCCCAGUGUCCAGUGGUGUAUUUGGAGAUGAUUUCCAGGACGUGGUACUGUAUGGACUCACGUGCUCUGGGAAUGAGACUGGAGUUCUGGAAUGCUCCUCCUCAGACACUGGAUCCUGUCCAGACCACAGUGCUGCGGUCAUCUGCCAAGAUUCAGCCACCCAGUCAGCUAACUGCAGUGACGGGGACCUGAGACUGACGGGAGGUGCCACCAGUAACCAGGGACGACUGGAGGUGUGCCUCAACGGGGCCUGGGGCAGUGUCUGUGACAGCCGGGCCUCUUUCACCACCGCUGAGGCUAAGGUGGCCUGCAGACAACUCGGACUACUCCAGGUUGAAGAUGAGGUUGAGGUUGUGAGUGUGGAUGGUUUUGGGAGAGAGGCGAGUGGACCGAUAUUCUUGGACCAGAUCCACUGUGAUGGUGGCGAGGACGGACUCUCCGACUGCACCAGUACUGAUGUCCACAUGUGUACUCACGAGGAUGAUGUUGGAAUUAUCUGCCACCCUGCCAGUCAGUGUGAGGUGGACAAUGGUGGUUGUGCUCACCUCUGCACCGAGACCAUUGACAGCUACACUUGCUCCUGCUAUCCUGGUUACACCCUGGACGCUGAUGAACAUAACUGCACGGACCUGGACAGUUGUUCUACAAAUGGAGAGGUACGUCUGGUCAAUGGUUCGUCUGCCACUGAGGGCCGAGUGGAGGUCUGCUACAACAACAGCUAUGGAUCUGUCUGUGACGACUCCUGGGACCAGCUGGAUGCCAGAGUCAUCUGCAGACAACUGGGAUAUGACCAUGAUGAUGUCGUUCCAGUGAAAAGAGCUGGAUUUGGGAGUUCUUACUCUCGCCCCAUCCAUCUCGACGACGUCACAUGUUCCGGCAGCGAAGACAACAUUCUGGACUGUACCUACUCCCUCUCUGCCGGUGACUGCGAUCACUCUGAGGAUGCUGGGGUUAUCUGUGGGUCAGCCUGUAUCAGUGGAGCUGUUCGUCUUGCUGUUGGAGAUAUAACUGAACUGUAUCAAGGACUUAUAGAGAGUGUGGACGAUAGCUAUUACAUCAAGGAUGAGUUGGCCAGGGGACGAGUGGAGGUGUGUGUUGGAGGGAGGUAUGGGACAGUGUGUGAUGACUACUGGGACUAUGAAGAUGCCUCUGUCGUCUGCUACCAACUGGGAUUCUCCCCUCAUGGGGCAAUAACCAUUGCUGGGGGUAGUGAGUUCAGUAACUCAUCGGUACCAGUGGUGGCAGGGAGGGUGGAGUGUGCAGGAAACGAGACAAGCCUACUGCAGUGUUCCCAAGUCCCUGAGAGCCACGAUGAUGUCAGUGGGUGUGAUCCCAGUCAAACUGCUGCCAUCACAUGCCAGGAUCCAUCCACUGAUGCCGGUGACUGUGAGACUGGAGACGUGAGAUUUUCCAACUCCUCUGACAACUCUGACGAGGGAUCGCGUCAGGGAACUCUGCAGAUAUGUAUCAACAAUGCCUGGGGCGCCGUCUGCAGUGAUAAUCUCUUUGACAACACUGAUGCCGGGGUCUUCUGUGAUUUACUUGAAGGAUUCACCUCCGAUAGGGCAGCAGAGUUAGAUGCAGUUCCACAGACCGCAGCUCCACUGUUCCUCAGUUCACUCCACUGCGUCCAGGGAGACCAGUCAUUACUGGACGAUUGUAGUCAUGAUAGACUAGGGCUGGCUGAAUGUGAUGAUGAUGAUGGACUGGCUGUGGCAAAAUGCUUUGAUAUUGAUGAGUGUGUGGAGGACACAGACAACUGUUCUCAGAACUGCAGCAACACCAUUGGUAGCUACCAGUGUCUGUGUGACGAUGGAUAUCUCCUGGACCCUGAUGGCCUCACCUGCAAUGAUACUGAUGAAUGUGAAGAAGGAACUGCAGAGUGUCACACUAAUGCCACAUGUACCAACACAGUGGGAUCCUACGACUGCACCUGUGUCUAUGGCUAUAGUGGAGAUGGAUUCAACUGUACCAGUAUUGAUCUGUGUGUGUUUGGAGAGCCAGACUGCCACCCUAAUGCCACGUGUUCCCCCAGAGAUGGAGGCUUUGACUGUGAUUGUAACACUGGCUACACGGGCAAUGGAACUUUCUGCGAAGAUGUUGAUGAGUGUGGUUCAAGAGAGACCAACAUGUGCCACAGCAAUGCCUCUUGCUCAAACACUGAUGGUAGCUAUGACUGCAGCUGUCUCCCUGGGUUCUCUGGAAACGGCUUCAACUGCACCAAUAUCAAUGAGUGUAUUACUGGAAUGGAUAACUGCAGCUCCAAUGCCGAUUGUGAUGACACAAUUGGUAGCUACGACUGUACUUGCCGGGUGGGAUAUACUGGUGAUGGCUUUACUUGUGAAGAUGUUGAUGAGUGUGAGGGUGACCCCCCCUGUGAUACUGAGGCUGAUUGCAAUAAUACAGUUGGGACUUUCACGUGUACAUGUCGUACUGGGUUCUCUGGAGACGGAAUGACUUGUAAUGAUAUUGACGAAUGUGAGAUGGAUACUCAUGGUUGUGACCAAGACAACGGGAAUUGCACUAACACUAUUGGGUCCUAUAAUUGUAGCUGUAACACUGGGUACACUGGUGAUGGACUCAACUGCAACGAUAUUGACGAGUGUACUGAAGGCUCCCACGUGUGUGACUCCCAUGCCAUCUGUACCAAUACCAUUGGCAGUCAUGACUGUACCUGCACCGUCGGAUACUCUGGCAAUGGAGACACCUGUGACUGUGUGGAUGGAGACCUCCUCCUCUAUGAUGGCAGCACACUCUCCACAAACCACACCAAUGGAACUGUACUGGUGUGUCUGGACAAUGAGUAUGGGACAGUGUGUGACGACUUUUGGGACCCUCUGGAUGCAGCCGUCGUCUGCUCUCAACUCGGGUUCUCUGCCUCUGGGUCAAUCCCAGUGCUACGCUCAGGGCUCGGGAGUCCUCCAAACAGAUCAAUAGUCCUGGACGACGUGGUGUGCAGUGGAGGGGAGUCAGACCUGACUCAGUGCAUCCACACCACCUCCAAUAUCAACUGUGAUAGAUCCGAGGAGGCCGGUGUCAGAUGUGGAGCCAAUUGUACAGAGUUUGAUGUGAGACUGGGAGUUGGUAAUCUGACGCAGUUCCACAUCUCCAUCCACGAGGCCGAGGAUUACUUCCUCGUCAAGGAUGAGUUGGCCAGGGGCCGAGUGGAGGUGUGUGUUGGAGGGAGGUAUGGGACAGUGUGUGAUGACUACUGGGACUAUAAAGAUGCCUCUGUCGUCUGCUACCAACUGGGAUUCUCUCCUCAUGGUGCUGUUGUUCUACCGGCUGGUACAUUUGAGGCGGAAACAGAGCAGGCCACGGUACUGUGGAAUGUAUCAUGCAGUGGAGACGAGGGAUCAAUCGAAGAGUGUAACCUUACUACCACACCUGGCGUCUGUUCUGAGCCUGGGGCUGCCGUUGUAUGCCAAGACCCCAAUACAACAGUAGUGGCAGACUGUACAGAUGGUGAUGUAAGACUAGUGGGCGGGGCCAACCCUCUGGAGGGAAGGGUUGAGUUCUGCCUCAACUCAGCCUGGGGGACCGUCUGUAGAGACAGAUUCGGAGAGUCUGACGCAACUGUCGUUUGCCGACAACUAGACUUUGAAUUUAGCGGAGUGGCAGUGCUCGCGGUGUCAGAGUCCUCGCAGGGAGCAGGGCCGAUAUUCCUGGACCAGUUGUCUUGUGGAGGAGAUGAAGGGAGGCUGGAGGACUGUAGGAGAGGCAGACCUGAAGGACUACACACAUGUGACCACAGCCAAGACGUAUCCGUCAGAUGUAUAGAUGUUGAUGAGUGUGAGACCGACAAUGGAGGCUGCGAUCAGAACUGUACCAACACCAUCCCCGGCCACUUCUGCAGCUGUGUGUCUGGCUACACCCUGGAUGAUGAUAAUGCCACGUGUGUAGCCAAUGCUGCGUGUGAGAACGGAGUCUGCACGUGUCUUGACGGAUUCCGGAAUGUAGCGGAAGGGAGCGGGAGUGAUGUGAACUGUGCUGAUAUUGAUGAGUGUGAGACUGGAGCUCACAACUGUAGCAACAACAACUACUGCGAGAACACUCUCGGCAGCUUCCAGUGUGUCUGCAACAAUGGAUACAGAGGAGACGGAAUAAACUGCUCCUGUCAAGAUGGAGAUCUUCGUCUAGUGAAUGGGUCCACAGCCAGGGAGGGAAGAGUGGAGGUGUGUAAUGGAAACAACGUCUAUGGUACCAUCUGUGAUGACCAGUGGGGAUUACUAGAUGCCAUGGUCGCCUGCCGAGAUCUCGGAUACUCUGACGCUGAUGCAGAGGCGUACGGACGAGCCUACUUUGGAGAAGGAGAUGGAGACAUAUUCAUUGAGAACGUGCAGUGCAAUGGUAGUGAGAGCUCCAUCAUAGACUGUCCAACCAGCGAGUUCGGAGUUCACGACUGCUCACACUCUGAGGACGCCGGUGUCAGAUGUGAAGCUGGCUGUACUGAGGGGAGGGUGAGACUCCUGGAAGCAGACGAUGAUCACAGUGUAGAGUUUUUUGAGGAAGGACUGGGUCCAGUCAGGGGACGAGUGGAGGUGUGUGUUGGAGGGAGGUAUGGGACAGUGUGUGAUGACUCCUGGGACUAUGAAGAUGCCUCUGUCGUCUGCUAUCAACUGGGAUUCUCUCCUCAUGGGGCACUCAACCUGACACAUGAGGAGUUCAGUACUAUAGUAGCUCCGACAGUCCUCAGUUCAGUGGCCUGUGUGGGGUCGGAGGUCAAUCUCAGUGACUGUCCACACAGUGAUCUUGGCGUGUGUGGUCAACUCAACGAUGCCGGGGCCAUAUGUCAAGUACCAGGAACAAUGCCGGGAGGCUGUCAGACAGGUCAAGUAAGACUAGCCAGCUCCACCACUGACUCAUCAGGCAACACAAGACGAGGGACUCUCCAGAUAUGUAUCAACGAUGCCUGGGGAGCAGUCUGUGACGAUAGUCUAUUUGGAACACCAGAUGCAGAGGUGGUGUGUCAGCAAGCCGGUGGCUACGAGAGGGAGCUGGUUGGAGACAUAGGCUCUACAGCCAUCUCUGGACCUGUGUUUGUCUCCCAGUUGGACUGCCAGGGAGAUGAGGAUCGGAUUUUGGAGUGCCCUCAAUUCGGUGGUCUCGGCUCUGAUUGUUCCACUGGGGUAGCCCCUGUCAUUACCUGUCGAGAUAUUGAUGAGUGUGUGGAGGACACAGACAAUUGUUCUCAGAACUGCAGCAACACCAUUGGUAGCUACCAGUGUCUGUGUGACGAUGGAUAUCUCCUGGACCCUGAUGGCCUCACAUGCAAUGAUAUCAAUGAGUGUGAGAAUGGUAACAACUCGUGUCACGACAACGCCAGCUGUACCAAUACUAUUGGAAGCUACACCUGCUCUUGCAAUACUGGGUUCUCUGGAGAUGGAUUCACUUGCAGCAAUAUUAAUGAGUGUGAGUUAAUGGGGCGUUCAGAUUGUCACGCUGAUGCUGAAUGUCGGGAUACUGUGGGAAGCUACGACUGUACAUGCAAGUCAGGGUACACUGGCAAUGGAACUUACUGUGCUGAUAUCAAUGAAUGUCUGAAUGCCUCAACGUGCGACCCUAAUGCUGAAUGUACCAACUUCCCUGGCAACUUUACGUGUGACUGCAACACGGGAUACAGUGGUGAUGGUUUUGACUGCGAAAAUAUCAAUGAGUGUGUGACUGACCCUCCAUGUGGUGACAAUGCAUUCUGUACUGACAAUGAUGGCAGUUAUGACUGUGACUGUGAUAUUGGGUACACUGGAGAUGGAUUGGUGUGUACAGACAUCGAUGAGUGUGCCAUGUUUGAUGAUCUCUGUCACAUGAAUGCGACAUGCUCCAAUGUUCCAGGCAGCUACAACUGUUCAUGUAACACUGGCUUCACGGGAAACGGCACCACUUGCACCUGUGUUGAUGGGAGUGUUCUCCUGUACAAUGGAUCAGAAGUGUCUUCUACUGAGUUCGACCAGGGAACUGUACUGGUCUGCUCCAGUGGACGCUACGGCUCUGUCUGUGAUGACUUCUGGGACCAACUAGAGGCCCAGGUCGUCUGCCAACAACUGGAAAUGACCUCCUCUGGCAAUUUUAGCGUCCCAGUUUUGGGCUCAAGAUUUGGUAGUUUCUAUGGAGGACCGGUGGUGUUGGACGAUCUCGUGUGUUCUGGGAACGAGGCCGACCUCCUGGAAUGCAGUACUGGAAUGGGAUCACACACAUGUACCGACCACACCCAGCAAGCAGGAGUGAUAUGCUCAUACAGCACCCCCUGCGAGAACAACACUCUGAGACUUGUUGUUCCGAAUGAACUGACUGGCGAAGAACUCUACUUGACUGAGGCGGAGUUGGAGAGGUUCAAUUUCAUUGACGAUGAGAUACACAGGGGGAGACUGGAGGUGUGCAGCGGGGAAGGACGGUGGGAGAGUGUGUGUUAUCAGGAGACAUGGCAGAAUGAGGAUGCAACUGUCGCCUGCUCCCUACUUGGGUUCUCUCGUUUUGGUGCUCUGGCUAUAGAUCUAAAUGACAACGGUCCUAACACACCGACCCUCCGGUGUAAUGGAGGAAAUGAAGGUCUAGUGUGUGAUACCGUGACUACCUGUUCAUCAGCUGCAGGCCUUGUCUGCCAAGAUCCUGUCACCACAGUGGUGGAAGAAAAUUGUACGGAUGGCGAAAUUCGUCUCAGUAAUGGCUCAAAUGCACUCGAAGGUCGCGUCGAGAUCUGCUACAACAGAGCGUGGGGAACUGUCUGUACAUCUGGCUUUGCUCAGACUGAGGCAGAUGUUGUGUGCUCACAAAAUGAUCGACAGUUUGGAUACGCUCACAGCGGUUCCACUCCACUCCGUGACGGGAGAUUCGGUGAAGGGGAGGGCCCUAUAUUUAUUGACAAUAUUGGCUGCGAUGAAGAGGACGCAAGUCUGAGUGAUUGUUCAGUUACGGGGCUGAUGGGGUUCUAUGAAUGUGACCACUCCCAGGACUCCGGGGUCAUCUGUGAAGAUCUCAAUGAGUGUGCAUCGGACAGUUUAAACAGAUGUGAUGUUAUCAGCAGAGCCGACUGCACUAACACCAUUGGUAGCUACAAGUGUAUUUGCAGAGAUGGAUACACUGGAGAUGGAGAAGUCUGUACAGAUGUUGAUGAGUGUGAGAGUUCACCAUGUGCUGAGGUGUGUAUCAACACUAACGGCAGUUUCUACUGCGACUGCUCUGAGUCUGGAUAUGAAGUUGUUGUGAACAACGAAGUGUGCGUAGAUAUUGAUGAGUGCCUGGAUGAGAAUGAUAAUGAUUGUUCCGUGAACUCCACAUGCACCAAUAUCCCUGGAUCAUACAACUGUACCUGCAACGCCAAGUUCACUGGAGACGGCUUCAACUGCGAACCUCUGGUGUGCCAGACAGACAGUUGCAGUCUCAAUGAGGAGUGUGUCGACACUGCCGUUGGCUACAUCUGUCGCUGUCAGGAUGGAUUCAAACGUGACCAACAAAAUAACUGCUCAUGUAGUGAUUGGGACCUGAGACUGGUCAAUGGUUCUCAACCUCUCGAGGGAACAGUGCAAGUCUGUUUCAACAACACCUACGGAACCAUCUGCCACGACCAAUGGAACGAAAACGAUGCGCGAGUCGUGUGCCGUCAUCUUGGCUAUAGCAGCGAGAACACCUCGGCCCUUACAAACUCUUUCUUUGGCCAGGGCUCCGGGCCCAUAUUCCUGGACAGAGUCCAGUGCCUAGGCCACGAGGCCUCUCUCUACAACUGUAGUCUCAAUAUGGACAUUGGGGAGUGCACCCACCGACAAGACGCUGGUGUUAGCUGCUCAGAGAACUGCCGGGAGAGCAUGGUAGAGCUGCGUGUGGAUCUGAGUGAUGAUGUAAUAGAGUCUAACUACCCUCACUAUCUGAAGGGAGGGACGCUGAGUGUGGGCCGAGUGGAGGUGUGUGUUGGAGGGAGGUAUGGGACAGUGUGUGAUGACUACUGGGACUAUGAAGAUGCCUCUGUCGUCUGCUAUCAACUGGGAUUCUCUCCUCACGGUGCUGUUGUGUUGCAACCACUGAAUCCGUUUGACAACGUCGACCUGCCCGAGGCGGUUCGCUAUCUGGCCUGCAACGGAACAGAGACCGAGAUCUCUCAGUGUGACAUGGACACCCUGGAGGUCGAGGAUUGUGGCCAGUUUGAAAUUGCUGGUGUCGUCUGCCAAGAUGCAUCAACGGUGGCCAGUGAUUGUGAGACGGGCUCUGUGAGACUGGGGGAUGCUGCAGACGGGGAGGGGGUGAGGGUGGGGAGGGUGGAGGUGUGCAUCAACGGAGCCUGGGGGACGGUGUGCAACAGAUUGUUCACUCAGGAGGACGCCGAUGUGGUGUGCAACCAGCUACCUGGGUUCAAGAAAGAUGGAGCGGCGGUGAUGUCAGUACUGCCAGGGACUGGACCAGUGUUUGUGGAGGGACUGCUGUGUGAAGGAUCAGAGAACACGAUAUUGGAGUGCAACACGGAUGAAGUGUUGGGACUAACAGAGUGCAGUCAUGGCAGAGACAUAGCAGUUCAGUGUUCAGAUAUCGAUGAGUGUGAGAAUGAACUCUCACCGUGCGACCAUAUCUGCAACAACACCAUUGGAAGCUACAAUUGCUCUUGUGAUGAUGGAUUCCGUCUUAAUAUCACAGAUAGCAGGACUUGCAAUGAUAUCGAUGAGUGUGCGGAAGGCAGUCAUGGUUGUCAUGAGAAUGCCAGCUGUACCAAUACUGAAGGAAGCUACAACUGUACCUGCAUCACUGGCUACACUGGAAAUGGAACAGUAUGCACAGAUAUCAAUGAAUGUGACAUGGAUAUGGACGUGUGUGCCGGUGAGGAGGUGGCUGAAUGCACCAACACUCUGGGCAGCUUUUCCUGCAGAUGCAGAGACGGGUACACUGGAGACGGAUUCACCUGUGCUGAUGUUGAUGAGUGCGGGGAUAGCAAUGGCAACUGUUCCCAGGAGUGCAACAAUGAAGUUGGUAGCUAUAACUGCAGCUGUUUCUCUGGUUUCUUUCUCCUUGAUGACGGCCUCAACUGCAAUGAUACUGAUGAAUGUGAAAAUGGAAUGAACAAUUGUCAUGAGGCUAAUGGAGUUUGCAUCAAUAUUCCCGGGAGCUUCAACUGUUCCUGCGAAGGAGGUUACACUGGCGAUGGAGUAAACUGCACCGAUGUUGAUGAGUGUGUAUUGGAAUUGGACGACUGUGAUGUGAACGCAGACUGCAACAACACCAAUGGUUCCUACAACUGUAGCUGUCACACUGGAUUCACUGGAAACGGAACAACCUGUGAGUGUGGAGAUGGAGAGGUGAUGUUGUACAAAGAAGGGGUGUGGUCACGUGAACCUGGCGAAGGAACGGUGUUUGUCUGCUACAACAACACGUACGGAUCAGUCUGUGAUGACCGCUGGGACGCCAGAGAUGCCAGCGUCGUCUGUAGACAACUCGGCAGCAGUGACCCCGGUAACUCUCUGCCAGUGAGAGGCGCACGGUUCGGCUACCCUCUGAACUACCCCAUACUACUGGAUGACCUGGUGUGCAGUGGAGGGGAGGAGACUCUGCUGGAGUGUCCCAGGGGCUACAGAAGUGGGGAGAUGUUGGUGGAGAGGGAGUUGGGAGACAGCGAUUGUAGCCACGAGGAGGAUGCUGGGGUCAGGUGUGAUGCCUCAUGCAUGGAAGGAGAUGUGCGACUCAUGAUAGAAGACUACUAUUCAGCGGACCUGACCUUCGACUAUGAGAAUAUGUACAUCAAAGACGAGCUGAGAUUUGGAGGGGUUGAAGUGUGCGUGGGAGGUGAGUUUGGCUCCGUGUGCCACGACCAGGUGUUUCGCAACAGCAAGGCCAUUUCUGUCGUCUGCUGGCAACUGGGCUUCUCCAGAUACGGUGCUCUGUCUGACAGUGGAGAUCUGUUCCAGGCAGGAGAGAGGGACCCAGUGUUGAGUCAACUCAGCUGCGAAGGCUCAGAGGACCACAUCUCUGAAUGCUCAAACAAUACCGUCAACGUUGAUGCCUCGUGUCCCGCUGCUAUCGCCAUCUGUCAAGAUGGAUCGACUCCACCAGGCAACUGCAGUGACAAUGAAGUGAGACUGAUGGAUGGGUCCAGUGCCCUUGAGGGGAGGGUGGAGGUUUGUCUCAACAACGCCUGGGGCACCGUCUGUACUGGAGUCAGCAGUAUCGACGACGCUCAAGUCAUCUGCAGACAAGUUGGACAACUUCCAGCUGCGGUGAACAGAACAGGGACUCAAGAGGCAGUCAGUGACGGUUCCUUUGGUGACGUGUCUGCACCAAUCUUCAUCGACCGAUUGGACUGUGUCGGACCUGAGGAUGCCAUAGUCAACUACGGAGACAGGGAGGGUGUGGUCUCGUGUCCGUCUUCACGAGUGGGAUAUGUAUUUGACAGUUGUGAGAGAGAUCUGGGAGUGAGAUGCCCUGACGAGAAUGAGUGUGAGACUGGGGGUCAUAACUGUGAUCCCAACGCCAUGUGUAUCAACCAGCCCGGGUCCUUUGACUGCCACUGUAACACUGGAUACACUGGAGAUGGAGUUGACUGCAAUGAUAUUGAUGAGUGUGCAUCGGACAUCAGUGGAUGCAGUAAUAACUGUACCAACACCCAGGGCUCUUUCAUGUGCAGCUGUUUUGAUGAUGGGUUUAAGAUAGGCUCCGACGAGAGAACAUGCGAAGAUAUUGAUGAGUGUGAUGGGGAGCAAGACGACUGUGAGGAGAGGAAUGUCAACUCCACCUGUGUCAACAAUGAAGGAAGCUUCGACUGUGAAUGCACUGGAGGCUUCACUGGCAAUCUCACCUCUUGCCUAGACAUUGAUGAGUGUGAGGAUGGCACAGACAACUGCCACGAUCAGAGCACAUGUCUCAAUGCAUUUGGCAGCUUCACCUGUGUCUGUGACGGUGGGUUCUCUGGCAAUGGAACUUUCUGCGAAGAUAUUGAUGAAUGUCUCUAUGGCAUGGAUAACUGUGACGAAGACAACAGAACAGUGACUUGUACUAACACAUUCGGUAGCUUCACGUGUACCUGCAAUGAGGGAUACAGUGGAAACGGCACUUCCUGCAUUGAUAUAAAUGAGUGUAUGGACGAUACACUUAAUGAAUGCAGUCCCAACGCCGAUUGCUUAAACACCGAAGGCACUUACGAUUGCACGUGUCGGACUGGCUACAGUGGGGAUGGACGCAAUUGUGAAUGUGUGAAUGGUGAAUCCAGACUAACGGGAGGGGCCGGUAGUCUUGAGGGGAGAGUGGAGAUCUGUGUCGACAAUGUCUACCGGACGGCCUGCGAUGACCUCUGGGACGAGAGUGAAGCCAGGGUUGUCUGCAGCCAGCUGGGCUACACUGGACCAGAUGUGGUGGCAGUAAAGGGGAGUCAGUUCCCAGUCGUGAACAGCUCGGUGACAGAGAUAUACCAGAGAGCUCUCCUGUGUACUGGAAAUGAGGAAACCCUGAUUGAUUGCUCGUCUUACGAGGAUGGGAUUGGCCGGUUGUGUCCAACUGAUCACAGUGAAGACGCUGGAGUCAAGUGCAAUGCUAAAUGUACUGAAGGAGACAUAAGGCUGCGACUGAGACCAGGGGUACUAGGACCACAGUCAUAUGAACUGAUAGACAAGGAGCUGGGUCGAGGAAGAGUGGAGGUGUGCCUCAAUGGAGCCUAUGGGACAGUGUGUGAUGACUUCUGGGAUCAUAUUGAUUCCUCAGUCGUCUGCAGACAGCUGGGAUUCUCCCCCUAUGGUGCCAUUGGAGGAGGAGAGUAUUACGGAGACGAUGAACGGAAUGCUGUUCUGAGGUUCAUCACGUGUGUAGGGACCGAGUCUCGUCUCAUCGACUGUCCAUUCAACACCUCUGGCACUGAUGUCGGCAGCGAGUGUGGCCCUCUGAAAGAUGCUCAUGUUGUCUGCCAAGAUAAGAGUACAACGGUAAGGAACACCACCUGUCGGGACAGAGACCUGAGACUGGCCAGUGGUAGCACAGUCAGAGAGGGAAGAGUGGAGGUCUGCUACAACCAGGCCUGGGGCACCAUCUGUGACACCGUCUAUGGAGAUAUUGCAGCCGGAAUCCUCUGCCAACAACUUGGCUUCCGUCGUAAAAGUACAUCGACAUCUGGAGGCAGCCCGUAUGAAAACAUACCACAAGGAACAGGACCAAUCUUUGUCUCGAGACUCCAAUGUCCCUCCACACCGUCCACAACGUCAUACGUGGAGUGUUUGAACGAGAAUCUACUGGGGCUCUCUGACUGUAGCCAUUCCGAUGAUAUCGGACUCAUCUGUGAUGCCUACUGCCCCGACAACAGCACGAAGGGUCUCCUAGGUAACUACAACUGGACAGAGAGAGAGGCAGAGGACGUACAAAGACUCCCCUGUGCCUACAUGGGAACAACCACCCAGGGUUCAUGCAACAUAUCCCAGACCCACGCCGCGAGACGGUGUAACGAGUACGGAAGGUGGGAGGAGCCUGAUCUCACCUACUGCGUGUCUGAAGUGACUGCAAAUCUCUGCUUCAUUAGAGAGAUGGAGAUAACAGUGGCAGCAAACUCGCUCAUGGCACUCUGGAAUGAACUAAUAGCAGCGAAUGACCCGGCAGAUCGCUCCAGUCAGAACCUGGAGACGGUGGAUCUGCUGUUCCAGAGAGUGGCCAUGAAUGAUUCCAUAUCGCAUGUUGGCUACUAUGAGGAGAUGUCAGAGAAGUUUGCUAACAGCGGCAGUCUCUUCUCGGGUCCACUACGGGUUGGUACUCCGGGUGUCACCUUCCAUGGAGAGAAUUUCAAUGACACAGUAAAGGAAGAAGGAGUAAAGAUAUCAGUUUCUAUCAGCAAAAGUGGAGAAUUAGAGACCACAGCAACCUCAGCCAACGCAUCACGUGAGAUUGAGGAAGAAGCUUUCAUCUCCCUCCCUCCAUCUCUCUUCCAACUAUUCCCUGACAACGACUCUUUCUCUCUCGUCUUCACGACGUUCAACACCUCGGUUCUGCUGCCACAGGCACCAGAGAGCAGGGUCAAUGAGAGCAUUAGAGUUGCUAGUCACGUCAUUGGGGCUACACUGCUGGACUACGAUAUCCAGAACCUGACCAACAUCACCAUCUCCAUCACACUACGUCUGGCAAAUCCAGAUUCUCAGACAGUUUCUUGCGUAGUGUGGGACAAAACAGCAGCAGGGCAGGGUGACUGGGUAAGAGAUGUUGAAGGGUGCACCUACAACAGGCUGGACAGCAACUUUGUGCGGUGUGACUGCAACCACUUGUCAUUCUUUGGAGUUCUUGUGAACACAGAUCCCGUCAUAUGUCCAGUUGGUCAAACCGCGAAUGAAGACAGAACCGGCUGCAUCCCCAUCCCACCACCGAUAUCACUGGGAGAGACAAACUACUCGCAGCCAGCCACCUAUACCUCCGCUGAUGGAGGUGACAGAGUGGUAGAGUAUUCGGUCCACUCUGGAGCUCAGUUUGGUCUGGAGUGCAGCUCAAUCGCUACUGAGAGUGAGGAGUUUCCUGGAAUUGUCACCUGGUACAGGAAAACCACAGACGGAGGAAUGGAACGGGUGGAAGAGAUAUUUGUAGGCAGUGGUGAUGCAGCAGUGGGCUCGGGCUCAUCAGGAAUGACUGACCUAUUCACCAGAAGUGCCCCUGCUCUCAAUAUGGACAGAUCUGGAGCUGACAUUAGGGACUUUAAUCUCACAGAGGACUCUGUGGGCAGAUUGUAUGCCUAUCGUUACACCAAUACAUCGGUGGUGCUAGGGACCAGAUCAGCUGAGAUAGACACCGGCCGGGGGCUGUACAUGGCUGUCGGUCUCUCUGACUCUGCUAAUGGAGAGUAUGUGUGUUUUGCUGAAAACUUUCUAGAGAGGGAAUUGAGAGGAAUCAGCACUUAUACUGUCACCAUUGAAGCACAAAAACUGCCACCUGGACCACCUGCCAGCUACCUCAGGUUCUCCACCAGUAUUCCUCUCUCUGACAUUCAGGAUCAGCUGUACCUGGCCUCCGUCGACUUUGUCUUUGCCAUGUUCCAGACCAUGAUCCAAACUUCCUUGGGGCCUCUCAUUGGAGUUCAGGUUGACAUCUCAUGCACGAAUCUCACCUCUGCCUAUAGAGAACUGUCAACACAACUGAUGCCGUUUGUGGUGGCAGACUCCAGUGCCUUUUCAGAUGACGGAUUCUGCAAUCGCGAGAACGAAAAAACUGACCACGGGAGGUACACCUGGACUGAGACUCAGGCGGAAGUGACAGUAGAGAGUGCGUCAAUGUUGGUGGAGGACAUUACGAGUGUUCUGGCCACUUCCAACGAAGAAGACCAGACACCUGAAAACAUUGACAUCGUCACUAGUGUUCUGAAGGAUGUCGUUGGACUGCUGCGCAAUAGCAACUUUACCGUCGAUGAAAAUUUUGCAGAGAACACUGUAGAUAUUCUGGAUGACCUGAGUGACUGGCCUGCCGAGGUGGUGGAGGAACAAUCUUCCACACUGGUGACAUCAUUUGAGGCCAUCACUCUCAAUCUGGUGGACCAGGAAGAUUUCAAAAUUCUAGAGAGAGUUGGAGAAGACAUCACUGUCAAGGCUCAGAGGAUGGAUGGAGCGAAUUUCAUACCAAGCAACAUCACUGCACCAAAUGAAGGAGUUACCAACACAUCUACUGCCAAUAGUACAACUCCCUUCACAAACGACACGUCGCCCUCUUACACUCUGCCAGUCACUUCACCUCUAAACAGAAUCUCUGUCCCGGCCGGGGCCUUCCAGAACGCCACCAAUCCAGAGACAGGAGUGUUUUUCUCUAUCUACGCCACCAGCAUUCUCUUCCCUCUCCGACUGAAUCAGUCUGAGAAUGACACGUCGUUCAGAACAAUCGGGUCUUCAGUCAUUUCAGCCACAGUUGCAGGACUCAAUAUUAGUGGACUCAAUACUGAGCCAGUCAAGAUAACUCUGGCUGUCACUGUUACUAACUGGUCCAAUCCACUGUGUGCCUCCUACAACUUCAGUGAGGCUGGGGGGCGUGGAGACUGGUCUACCAGAGGGUGCUAUGUCAUCUCAGUGGACAUGGAGGAAGAGACUGUUGUCUGUGGCUGCUCUCACCUCACCAACUUUGGACUGCUUGUGGAUAUCAAUGCCAGAACAUCAGAACCCAAGGAGAACAAGGCACUGGAUACCUUCUCCGUGGUGGCCAGUGUCCUCUCCAUGAUAGGCCUGGUUCUCACCAUCUUCACACACACUUUCUUCAGAAAAAUAAGAAAGAAGGAAGCCAGCAAGUUCCACAUUCAGCUGAGUAUCGCAAUGUUCUUCAUGCUCCUCUUCUUCCUGGUCGGGAUUCGCCGCGUGGAGCACGAGAUCAGCUGCACGGUGUUCUCCCUCCUCAUACACUACUUCACCUUGGCCUCGGUGGCGUGGAUGGGAGCCGAAGCCGUCCUCAUGUUCCACAAACUCAUCAUCGUAUUUGGCCAUGUCCAUCUCGUGGUCAUAUCUGUCGUCGCGUGGGUUGUACCGUUACCCUUCCUGGUGGUGGGACUGGCAACACUAGGAACUGGGGAGAACUUCCUCAUCUCUGAGGGAAACUUCUGUUUCAUCAGUGACAUCAGAGUGUUCUUUGGGCUCUUCCUGGGCCCAGUACUAGCCCUAGUUCUCUUCAAUGCCGUCGUCUUUGUCCUCGUCAUACGGGUUCUCGUCAAACACAGCGUCCGCAAACUUGAAGACGUCGACAGGAAGAAGAAAGCCAUCGGGACGGUAAAAACACUCGUGAGCGUCGUCUCCAUCAUGCUAAUGUUUGGACUCCAGUGGUUGUUUGGGGCGUUCACCAUCGCUGAAGCCUCUGAGGCUUUCCAGUGGCUAUUUGUCAUAUUCGCCAGUCUCCAGGGUUUCUUCCUGUUUCUUUUCUUCUGUCUCCUGAGUCAAGACGCCCGCGAAGAGUGGCUCAAUCUGUUCUCACUCGGCAUGAGAAACAAGAAGAAGCGAGGAGUGUUCGCUUCCAACGUUAGUCAAACGGGGCGAGGCAGGAACACGGGCUCCACCUACAUCACCUCAAAACACAGUCGGACUAUGAAGAGAAACGUUCUGGCGUCUUCGGGUCUUGACAGUGAAAGUGGCAUGGAGAUGAAAUCGAAGCGCAGUCUCUAUCUGGCGGCUCCAAUCAGCAGCAGCGUCUCGGAGGCAAAAGAGACUGAGUUUGUCAUCACGAAUGGAAACGCAGCCGAUCACGUGAAUUUACCGACCGUGGCCGAGGAACGAAUGGGAGACAUCGAAAAGGUCGAUAUGACGACAGAGUCGGAUUCGAAACAGCCGAGUGUGGAAGUACCGCCAUACAUCCUGGAGAGGAGAUUCAUGCGCCGCCAUGACCCGGCAGCCGAACCUCGCCUACUGGGAGACGUGAAUGAAGGCGAAGGAGAAGAAGAUGAGGAGGAGGAAACGGAGGGAGAGGGAGGGGAAGGGAGCCUCGUUAGCAGCGAAGGAAGCACGACAUGCUACGAUGUUAGUAUGGCGGAGUUUGGGGGAGAACUGACUCAAAUGACAGACAUGUCCACUUAUACAAACAGUGAUGUUAGCGAUGUGGAGGAGCUGUCACACCUCUGAUUAUUAGAGACUUUUUAUACAUGAUGUCUUUUUGUUUGCAUGAUUCUCACUUUAUUUAUCCUAAUUCUAUUAUGUAUUUGAGCACAUAUCGAUGUCUGAAAAUACAUGUACUUGUUAUAUUUUACCAUUGUGUUUCAAUUGAUUAUCCAAUGGCAGUGCGCAGUGAUUUUUGCAUCUUCAAUAAGUAUGAUUAUGUGAACCU